GACGUGUGCGAAAGUCCUCCACUAACCUACAAAAUGUGUCCAUUGUGUGACGAAUCCCUUGGCUGUCACUUUGUCGAUCUACAUGACUCUUGUAUGCUUGGAAAGGUAGGCAAUUAACCUCUGCUGGUUAUGAUCUGCAAAUACAAUACAUCAAUGUAGUACGAUACAAUACAACACAAUACAAAACAAUGCAAUGCUAUGCAAUGCAAUGUUAUACAAUACCAAGUAUACUGCCUUGGGGCACACCAGAUGUAACACUGAACCAGUCAGAUGCUUGACCCUCAAUCACUACACGCUGUUUCCUUGACGUGAGAAAAUCCCUUAACCAAUUUAAAAUAUGAAACCAAUUUAAAAUCUAAAAUCACCGUCCUGUUAACCAUUUUUGUAUUUUUGUUCGAUUGUAUAUGUUAGCAUUAGUUCACUUGUAUCAGUUAUGUAUGGUUACGAACUGUGAUUAAAGAUUAGAGAAUACAAUGCAGUGCAAUCCAAUGCACUGCAAAGCAAUGAAAUGCAAUGCAGUGCAGUGCAAAACCAGUGAUACAAUACAAUACAAUGCAAAGCAAUGUAAUGCAAUAAAAUGGGCAGUCCAACAAAAUACAUCAUAAUGCAAUGUUAUACAAUACAUUAGAAUGUCGUACAAUACAAUGCAAUCCAACACAAUACAAUGCGCAACCAUGCAUUGCUGAAAUAGUGUUUAUUCAAUAAAUAAUGUACUUAACAAAAGGUAUACUUCUACCCAACUGUGUCUUUUGCAGAUUUCCUACUUAUUUGACAACGCAGCAACCGUCUUCUUUGCAGUUUUUGUCUCUUUCUGGGGUAAGAACUGAUUGUGUGAGAUAAUGUCUGCAUGCUGUAUAGAUCUAUUUAACUGCAUUGAUGGUUUUUAAAACUGCACUGUGUUUAAGUCCUUUUUGCUCAACCAAGACGUAAGAAAUAAAGUAUGUUUGUUGCACUAUAGCUGUGUUUUUCCUGGAGUUCUGGAAAAGAAAGGAA